AAGGCAGGUGCCCCCCACCCCAAAACAGACACCUUUCCGUCAAAUAAGGCAGAGGUCUGCUUCCUUACCUGUAAAAACAGGGUUAGUAAUAAACCCUGCCCUCGUAGGGUUUGGUUAGGAUUAGGAGAGAUCAUUUAAAGACUUAACCCAGUCCCAGACUCUCGGGAGAAGGUCCAUAAAUGGAGAACAGAAAAUAGAACGGGUAAUUGGUUGAUCCUUGAGAGCAGUAACAAGAGAUUCUUUGCACAUUGUGCCUUAUACAGCACUGGAAAGAGGAACAAUCCCUUUAUUGACAAAUAGUAGGUGCAGAUUAAAUCGGCGAAGAAGGAAUGGACGUUUCUGGCGGUUGCUUACUGAUCUGUGAAACUAACUGAAUGACCGAUUGGUCCGGGUCUCUGAGCAACUGACAGUCCCGGGCUGCUGUCAGGCGAACGCGGGCCUGGAUCUGGCUGACGGCUGUGGGGUGCCCCAGCGCCUCAGGCUGACCAUCGGGCCCCGAAAACGGCUGUCCUCGCUGUCAAUCCCGGCCCCAGCCGGCCCGGACCUCCGUCGCUAGCUGCACAAGCGGGGGGCAUCCCAACUCUCCACGAGGAGCUCGAGGGUGUCGCCGCCAGGCAGAGCGUGCGCGCGCUGCAGGAGCCAAGCUCCGGCGCCGCGGCCCCUUCCUCCCUGCCGGGGGCAGGGCGCCUCCGACUCGCGGCUGCCGAGCCCCGGAACAACGAGGCGCCGGCUUCUUUAAGGGAGAUACCACCGCGCCAGCGGGGCAGGGGACGGCGUCUUCCUAGAUGAUCGCACCCAGCCCCGCGCCGCCGCCGCCGCUGCCGCCUCGGCAACUGCACCGCCUGCAAACAUGGCUCAGUGACUCUGACAAAAGGUGCAGCCUCCCUCCAGGCGGGGCGGGCGCCAGGCCUCCCAGCUCGGGCUGCGCCUCCACGCGGGUCCGCGGAAGAGGCCCGCUUACCGCAGGCAUCCCAAGCCCGCGCGGAAGAAGAUGCACCAGGCGUUCCACCCCAGCGACCCCGCACACCUGCUCGCAGCUCGAAACCUUGACCUUGAAGAUGGUGAGUAGCCAGCCAAAGUACGAUCUAAUACGGGAGGUAGGCCGAGGUAGUUACGGUGUUGUAUAUGAAGCAGUCAUCAGAAAGACCUCUGCACGGGUGGCAGUGAAGAAAAUUCGAUGCCAUGCACCUGAAAAUGUUGAACUAGCCCUGCGUGAGUUCUGGGCACUAAGCAGUAUCAAGAGCCAACAUCCAAAUGUGAUUCACUUGGAGGAAUGUAUCCUACAGAAGGAUGGGAUGGUGCAAAAGAUGUCCCACGGCUCUAAUUCUUCCCUUUAUUUACAGCUUGUAGAGACUUCACUAAAGGGAGAAAUUGCCUUUGAUCCCAGAAGCGCCUAUUACUUGUGGUUUGUGAUGGAUUUUUGUGACGGAGGAGAUAUGAAUGAGUAUCUGUUGUCCAGGAAACCCAAUCGUAAAACUAACACCAGCUUCAUGCUUCAGCUGAGCAGUGCCCUGGCUUUCUUGCAUAAAAACCAGAUCAUCCAUCGAGAUCUAAAGCCUGAUAACAUCCUGAUUUCUCAAAGCCGGUUGGAUACCAGUGACUUGGAACCCACACUGAAAGUGGCUGAUUUUGGUCUAAGUAAAGUUUGUUCAGCAUUUGGGCAGAAUCCAGAAGAACCUGUCAGUGUAAACAAGUGUUUCCUUUCCACAGCGUGUGGAACAGAUUUCUACAUGGCUCCUGAAGUGUGGGAGGGACAUUACACAGCAAAAGCUGACAUCUUUGCUCUGGGGAUUAUCAUCUGGGCAAUGCUGGAAAGGAUCACAUUCAUAGACACAGAGACAAAGAAGGAACUCUUGGGGAGUUAUGUAAAACAAGGAACUGAGAUUGUGCCUGUUGGGGAGGCACUUCUGGAAAAUCCCAAAAUGGAACUUCUCAUUCCUGUGAAGAAAAAGUCUAUGAAUGGGCGAAUGAAACAACUGAUUAAGGAAAUGCUGGCUGCAAACCCUCAGGAUCGUCCAGAUGCUUUUGAACUAGAACUCAGAUUAGUACAAAUUGCAUUUAAAGAUAGCAGCUGGGAAACGUGACACAUAUAUUAUUUGCAAAUAUCUUGGAUAAUAUGCUGCUUCUGUUUUAACAGUGAUGCAACAUAAUGUGGCUGAAAAAGAAUAUAAAAAGCUAAACUCCACCUUUUAAGGGUUUAGAUUUUAUUGUGGGAUUUUUUUUUCCUCAUUUUUCUUAAGUCCAAGCUGGCCAUUUUGUUAAUAUGUUUUAAGUAUGUAUUACCAAUGUGAGUGUAAAUUUUUUUAAAUGAUCAUUGGUAGAAGUUUGGCAGGAAAAUUUUCUAAGAGCCAAGAAAAGAAGAAAGUCCAGUUUUCUGGAAAUAUGUCUCUAAGUAUUUUAGACAUUCCUUGUCAGUAUUAGGAAUUUCCAUGGAAGAAGAGGUUUGCAUGCUGGUAAUGCAACCUUUGAAGCUUUGUAAAGGAAACAUAAAUGUAUAUAUUUAUGUAUAUGUAAGUAUGUGAAUGUGUGCAUUUUGCAUUCCAUAUGAAAAAAAUGCCACUUCUGUUUAAAUUAUUUGAUGUAGGUUUGGGUUUUUGAGAUUUGCUGGUGAAAUCAGUGAUGAAAAAUAAAAGAACCUUCCCUCAUCUCCUACCCUGUCCCUCCCUCUAAUGAAAUCAUACUAAGUUUUUUAUUUUUAUAAUAUUAUACAGUUUUUUUUUAAGGCAUCAUUUUAGAGAGUCUAAAAUUAUCUGAUUAAACGUAAGUGAAAUUAAGUGAUCCAAAGCUGCUGAAGUAUGUUUGAGCUCUCCAGCGCCCUAAAGCUGCAGGAGUUGAAUUAGCCAUGCGAUCAUGUGGUACAGGUUGGCAAGGACAUUGAUGAUUCAGUCAUACCUUCUUUAGAUAACCACGCAUUCAAUUAACUAAUUAAACCACUGCAUUGGGACAUGUCUGCACUUGAGCAUCUGCAAUCUGAUACAGAUCUGAACACAGGAUUCUUCUGUAUCUGAAAACUUUGCUGUAUAUGAACUAUAGUAAUUGAUAUAUUAAUUUUUUAUUUCAAGACUUUGUCUAAGCCUCAGCAUCAAGUCGAAGAAACCAAAUGAGCUCUACCCUCACGUUGCCUGCCCUAAUAUGGUCUCUCGUUUAAUCACUGGAAUUUCUUUCAUUUUGGCACUAAUGCUGUUUUCUCUUGUCUAAUUUGACACAGUAAUGGUAGUGAUAUGGUUGUAUUCAAUGUUGAUCACCUUUUUCUAAAGUGGGAAAUGAUACUUACACAGUUCGGCAAAUGGGUAAAAUACUGUGGCAUAAGUUAUAUCUUUCAAAUAGAGAGGUUAUCAGUUUUAUACAAUCACUUGGUAUGGUCUGUGUCAAGAACCAACCAUUAUUCUUCUUGAAGUCAGUUUGAUUUUAACCCCAUAUGGUUGUCUCCAAUUUUUUUUCCUGUAAAUGCAGAUAGUUCAAAUGUAAGGGAAGAAAGUUUUCCUAAAACAGAACAUUAACAACCUUUAAGGUUGUUAAUACUUUAAGACCAUUGUAUAUAGAUUAAUCUUUAUAAAGCACUAGAAUCUUUGGUCAAAAGUUUAAAAAAAAAUUUAAAAAGGUAUUAGAAUAUUGAAAUCAUUGAUAAUUCAGUCUCCUCAGUUUUUUGAACUUCCACAACUUUUGGAAUAUUCCUAUCGUAAUUUUUUCCUUAUUUAAAAUGUGUUCGGGGGACUAUAAAAGGUGAAAAAGCACAAAAAAUUGGAGUACAUAAAAUUUCUGAACUAUGCAUUACUUGGUAUGAAGUUUGAAUUUUAAACUGAAAGGUUUUAUUAAAAAUAAAACCUUUUAAGUGAUAAAAGUCAUAUACUUUUAACAUUACUCUCAAGCUAAUAAAUAUAAGAAUUCUUUUGGAAAUUAGAGGUGGAAAUACACUGGAACUUCAUGAUAAUUAACCCUCUGGAUAGCCAAAUUAGUAUAACACAGAUCUGGCCAAGGGGAUUGAGUUACUGGAAGUAAAAAUACAUUAUAAUGUCUAAUCAAUAACAUGGCACUUCAGCAAGAGAUUCACGAUGACUUAGGUGAUGGUAUGCCAAUGCUUCAUUUGCUCUUCAGAUAUCUACAUGUCAUGGUUUUGGAUCCGUCUCAUUUAAAAUAGUUAACAAUUAUAAUUUAUUUUGAAAAAUAUUCUAUGUUACCUAUGAAGUGGAAUUAUUUCUUUCAGUAAGGAUGUAAGGCGAUCAGGAAGUUUCUUCUGAAAUUUUCUCAAGUCCUUGUAUUCUAAAAUAACCCAUGAUACCAAGAAAAAUUAUAGUAAAUUCUUUGUCUUUAUUUGUUCUUUCAAUCAGGAGGUAUUUAUUAAGUACCUACUGUGUGCUCAGCACUAAAGAUCAGUUGAUAACGUAACAAUUAAAAAAUGGUAUAUAGCCAUGAGCCUUUUCCAGCCAGGAGUAAGAAAUAAAAGAUGAUUAGUGAAGCUGGGAAAUUCCUGGAUAUUGCUAGGGGAAAAAUGAAAGCAAGAAUUUGUGCACAGUGCCUUGCGCAUAAUAGGUACUCAAUAAACAAUUAUUCCUCAUAGAGUCUCUUGCCAUGGUUUAUAGUGUUUUAUGAAAUUUGUCUUAAUUGAAAAAAGACCAAAUAUUUCAAAUAAGCUUAUGGGCAGCUGUGGCCAGUUAAAAGAAUGGGGUUGUACAGUUAGUUCCUAGAAUGUUAUUUUGCACUAGUUGUCACUUAGAAAGAUGGGGUUCCUGUAGUUUUUUGGUGCUAAGGGAUACUUUGUCAUUAUGAUGAAGUAAAUGUUAAGUGUCAGAUAAAUAGCACACUGAAUAGUUCUUUCUGCUGGUCUGUUUUUUCCUCUUUGUUGUUGUUGUUUUUAACUGUAAAAUGUUUAUCAAUCAAACUAUUGUAGCAGCUACAGAUAAUUCACCAGCAUGACAAAAUGGUCAAAAAAUAAGUCAUCAGCACUUCAAAAAUGAAAGUAACUUUUGAAAUUUUCUUUUAAAAUUGUCAAAUAUAUUUUAUGAAGAAUUUAUAAAA